AUGAGGCUUCCGUUCCCGCUUGCUUUGCGGUUUGGAACCGACAUCAUCGCAAUCAACCGCAUCCUCUGCUCCGCCAAUCCGGACAGUAAACGCUUGACCAGAUUAGCUGCCCGCUUUCUGCACCCGAAAGAAGUUGAUGAUCUGAACCGCCGAUUCCCCUCCUGGGCUAAGUCAGAAUCUGAGAACGAGUCAAAACGCCGACAGAUCGCUUCCUGGCUUGCUGGCCGCUGGGCCGCCAAAGAAGCAGCCAAAAAGGCAUGGGAUGCCACAUUACUGUCCUUUCGAGACCUUCGGGUGGAGACCGAAAUCGGAGGCGGAGUGCUGAUCGUCUGUGAUACGUGCUCAGCGGAUACAGAUUCAUCAACUGGCAGCGAGAGCAAGGUGACUGAGCAGACGGCACAGUUGAGCAUCAGCCACGACGGCGACUACACAAUCGCAGCAGUCAUCGCAACGCCUUUGCACAUUGACAUUUCAUCCGUACUGGCUACUAGGAAGGCCGAGGCCGAGGCAAAGCUGAUCGAUAAGGACGCGUAA